CCUCUCCUUUCCACUCCUCUCCUCCCCGUGCCUCCUGGUCUGCCACCGUCCGCAGCUCUCACGCGGGUGUGACAUUUUCCGAGCGCCUCAUAGGAGUCCCAAAACAGCGCGCGACAUGACGGACUCCAAACCGCCGGACUCGGCCGCAGCAGAGGAGCCCACGGCAGCAAACGACUCCCCCAAGCAGCGAGAAGAAGACCACCAGCGUCAUCAGGCCAGCAACGGCGGUCAGGGAGAGCUGAUCAAGAUGGACCAGGAGAUGAGGAUUACCGAGAGCAUGGAGGACGGAGGUCUUCUGGAGAGCAGCAUGCGCCUGAAACCACACGAAGCACAAAGCUAUCGCAAAAAGGCCCUCUGGGUUUCCUGGGCGUCCAUCGGGGCGACGAUCAUCCUGGCCAUUGCCGCCUUCACUGUCUCUAUCAUGCGACACAGCGCUUCUGCUUUUGGAUUUGCUUUUGAUGCAACGCUGGAUGUCCUGUCCUCGGUCAUUGUGCUGUGGCGUUACAGCAAUGCUGCAGCCGUCCACUCAGCUCAUCGGGAAUACAUAGCCUGCCUUAUCCUGGGUGUGAUCUUCAUCUUGUCAUCCUUGUGCAUAAUGGGCAAGGCAAUCCAUGACCUGGCCACCAAGCUGCUGCCUGAAGUGGAUGACCUCCUCUUCAGUGUCUCCAUCGUCAGUGGCGUGGUGUGCAUCUUCCUGGCCGUGAUCAAGUUCAUGCUGGGAAAGGUGCUCACAAGUCGGGCCCUCAUCACGGACGGCUUCAACUCUCUGGUGGGGGGCAUUAUGGGCUUCUCCAUCCUCAUCAGUGCAGAGGUGUUCAAGCAUGAGCCCAUGGUGUGGUACCUAGAUGGGACAAUAGGUGUCCUCAUUGGCCUUAUAAUCUUGGCCUACGGAGUCAAGCUGCUGCUGGACAUGAUCCCACGAGUGAGACAAACAAGGAACUACGAGCGCUUUGAGUAACGCUACGCCGUCUGACGGCUCACAGUGGAGAAGAUGUGGACAAAGAGGGAGGGACUGGAGAGACAAAGGGUCUGGUCUACACAGCACCCCCCAACCCACCCUUGCCAGAGACUCUCUGCAGAACCUGUGUGCCGAUACCAACAUUCUCUCCAUUCAAUUAUUUGAACUGUAUGGUAGAUGUUGGCCAUUUUAGAAUGUAGUGUACAGGUAUAUCAACGUUCUUGAUGAGGUUGAUCAUGAUGCCUCGUUAUUUCAAUAAGACGAGGGGACUGACAGACAGGGCUGCUGGGACAAAUGUACACAAACUGCUUUGCGAGAAAUUUGCCAGCAGUUGAUUCCCCAGUGCAGCAGGUCAUGAUAGAGUCAGCCCACAGCAGGAGUCAAACUGCAACAUGAAUGUAAAGAAUUAUGCAGGUCUGCUACCUUCAAAGAAUGACAUUUUCAUGGUGGGACCAGUGACUGUAACUGAAUGUACACAGUCUACCAUUAAUCCUAUUUGAUAAGAAAAGGAAGGAGUUUUGAUGAAAAGUAGUUGUAGCCAAAUAGCGUAAACAGUUUUUCUGCCUCUUUUCUGUGUGCAAUUCGGUAUUUUGGGUACAUGUAUUUAAUUGGAACUCUACAUGAGAAGAAUUUGUAUAAUACGUAUUGUUCUGUGCCUGUGUUCUAAAUGUAGACAUAACAGUUUUGACAAAUGACAACUAACCUGCUGGAGAGCCUACUGCUGAAUCUCAACAGUAAAUAACUCAUCGGUUCUGCUGUAAUGUCAAAUGUUUCACCAGUCGGAGAGUUUUUUUCACAGAAAAAAAAGGUUUAUUUAA